UUUGUGAAAGUAGCAUAAUGAAUGUGUUGUAUUCCAUCUGAAACUCUGCAGAAAGUCUGACAACUCUUGCAGAAAAUAUUGUUUUUUUCCAUUACUUUUCAUCAUGAGCUGGCAUAAUCCAGUGAUUCAGCCUCUUCUUACGGACUUCUACCAGAUAACCAUGGCGUAUUCGUACUGGAAAAAUGGCAAGAAAGACGAAAUUGCAGUGUUCGAUCUUUAUUUUAGAAAGAAUCCCUUCGGUGGAGAAUUCACCAUUUUUGCAGGACUAUCAGCGUGCUUGGAUUUCUUGAAUAACUGGAAAAUAUCAGACGAAGAUAUAGAAUAUCUCAAGAAAAAUCUUCCACCUACUACGGAGGAAGAGUUUUUCACGUUUCUCAAGACGAUAGACCCAGGAAGUGUGGAACUGUGGGCAGUGCCUGAAGGAUCCAUUGUGUUUCCCAAAGUACCUCUAAUAAGAGUGGAAGGUCCCUUGCCAGUUGUUCAGCUUCUUGAGACAACUCUAUUGAACCUAGUCAAUUUUGCAAGCUUAGUUGCAACAAAUGCAGCUAGGUUUCGUCUUGCUGCUGGAAUGGAAAAAGUUUUGCUGGAGUUUGGUCUGCGCAGAGCACAGGGACCAGACGGGGGGCUAUCAGCGUCCAAGUACUGUUACUUAGGAGGUUUUGAUGGAACAAGUAAUGUUCUUGCUGGAAAGCUGUAUGACAUCCCAGUUAAAGGCACCAUGGCACAUGCCUUUGUCAGCUCAUUCACUUCUAUUGAUGAGGGAAGGGUAGGAACACUCAAGCACUUCAAGAAUGGAGAAGCCAAGGAGCUGUACCCCAUAGCUAGGGCGUGGCUGAAAAAAGUUGCCCCCUUAUUGAGUGUGCUGGAACAAGAAGUAAACUCAGGGGAAUUGGUGGCUUUCUCUGCAUAUGCUGCUGCCUUUCCUGGUUCCUUCUUGGCACUUGUUGAUACUUAUCAUGUUUUAAGGAGUGGCGUUCCCUGCUACUGUGCUGUUGCGUUGGCCCUGAAUGACUUUGGUUACCGAGCGUCUGGUAUGCGUCUAGACUCAGGUGACCUUGCGUAUCUCUCUAUAGAAGUCAGGAAGAAGUUGAAAAUUGUAGCUGAAAAGCUGGACGCUCCAUGGAUAGCAAAGAGCCUCAUUGUCGCAAGCAAUGACAUCAAUGAAGAUACGCUGUUAUCACUAAAGCAGCAGGGCCACUCGAUAGACGCGUUUGGGAUUGGGACCCACUUGGUCACGUGUCAGAAGCAGCCAGCGUUGGGAUGCGUCUUCAAGCUUGUCGAGCUUAAUAAACGCGCCUGCAUGAAGCUGAGUCAAGACAUCGAGAAGAUCACGAUUCCGAGCAAGAAGGUCGUCUACAGGCUCUACGGCGCUGAUGGGUCACCCCUGCUCGACCUGCUGCAGCGCACUGACGAGGCUGUCCCUGCUUUGGGCGGGAGAGUUCUGUGCAGGCACGCCUUUGACGAGGGCAAACGAGCAUACGUCUUACCAUCCAAGGUCGAGACACUACUUAGACCGUACUGGAAAGACAGCAAGAUCUGUCAGUCAUUACCGACAUUAAAAGAAAUACAAACAAACUUGCGUGAGGACCUGCAGCGUCUUAGACCUGAUCACAUUCGACCGCUGAAUCCGACUCCGUAUAAGGUUGCACUUAGCGGAGAGCUCUACACAUUCAUGCACCAUUUAUGGCUUGAAAACAUGCCCAUAGGGGAACUAGCCUAAAGCCCCUGGGCACGCAAACCUUAACCACAACUAUA